AGGAUUCCUAGGACAGUCACUUCACUUGUAAAAACUUCUAGUCCUUGGUCUUUUACCAAUUCCGAUUCUAAUAGGAUUUUGAAUUGCUGCUUGACGAUUCCAUAAACACUUGUAUAAAAACUUCAACGCCAGCGAGACUUUAUCAAUUUCUUUUUAUUUGCAUCGUUUCUUGAAAUUCUUUGUUUCUUUACUCUGCAACGUGUAGCCUUAUUAUGGAGAAGGAGAAAUCAAUUGCUGAAAAAUCUGAAACACCCAAAUCAUUAUCUUCUGCGAAUUCCUCUAUGGAAAGUCUCAGUCUUUCUGUCGAGAAUCUUUCCCUUAACAAUGGCGAGGUUUCGUCUUCUGUAGGAAGUACCAAUUCUUUUCUUUUUCCUGGAGAGACCUCUUCAACAAAAAUCCAAGAAAUUGUUUCUAAAAAUCAAGAAACUUCGUUUGAUAAAUCAAAGCGAGUUCUACCACAACUUUAUCCACAAAAUAUAUGGGCAAUCAACAAUCCAGAACUUCAACUAUCUGUCCAUGCUUUGCAUAACGAGGGCGCUAAUCAAGAUUCUGCUCCGCAUUCUGUAUUUGGUAAGCUUAAAGGGUAUUCUUUUCUGGGAUAUGCUAGAAAUCAAGAAGGCUCUAAGAACCUUCAGGAAGUAUUAAUGUUCAAGAAUACAAAAAUUACGAGUCAAAUUCUUGAAAGGGUUACAGCCUCAUUGGAGGGAGUCCCUAUAAUCCACUAUCUGAUGAUUGAUCAAUUUGGUUGGCAUGUCUGUUCUAAGCUAAUUGAUUCUUGCAAUGAGAAACAGUUGGCGUUGAUUGUGGAGACUAUAACAAUGGAUCGACAACUGUUUAUUAUUCUGUCAAACAACAUAACUGCUUCCAAGUUGAUCAAAAAAUUGAUCAAAUUACUCAAAAAAUCUCCUUACAUCAAGUGGCUGGUUGCUAGUCUCUACCUUGCGUUUUACCAAUUGAUGAUUGAUAAAAUAGGAUCAUAUGUUAUAACUUACUGCUUGGACACUCUUGAUAUUAAGCAGAAAGUAUUACUCUAUGAAGCAAUUAUCCCAAAUUGUCUUCACUUGGCAAUCCACGAGAUAGGAUGUAUAUCUUUAAACAACUUCAUAGACAAAAUCCAAGGUUGGCAUAGGCAACACCUUUUAGAAUUAAUCUCUAACAAUGCAGUGUUCCUCUCACAUGAUCCUUCAGGUAACCAUGUUGUGCAGAAAGUCUUGGGGCUUGAAAAUCCAUUCUUUACUGAAAUAAUAGGAAACCUGCUUAGAGGUCACUAUGCAAGACUAUCAUUGCAGAAAUGGGGUAGUCAUGUUGUGGAAAAAUGCCUCAAGUCACCAGCUAUGAGUUAUGCAGUUGAGGACCUUCUGAGCAGCAGUAGCAACCAACUAUUGCAAGUUGCCAGAGAUCAGUUUGGGAAUUAUGUGAUUCAAAGAGCAUUGAAAGUCACUAAGGAACUGAAUUUUCCGCUCCAUUUGGAACUUCUGAGAAGCCUUCAACCGCAUCUCGAGACUCUCCGGUAUGGAUAUGGAAGAAGCAUCUUCAAUUUGAUUGCCAGUGGAAUUCCAAAUGAAGUUUGAUUUCAACUUAUGAUGACUCUGAUAUGUUAGUAUGUUUUCAUAGGUUUUUUUACUUCUGUAGGCAAGUAUGUUAAAAUUGUUUUAGUUUAGUAACUGGUCAUGUCUUUUAGCUUAGGCUUGAAUCCUGGUUGCAGUGGGUUUAUUCUGGAUGGUGAAGUGGUAAUUAAAUAAUGAAACUGUAUAAGCUGAUGGUUCCUAUCAUUAUAUCUAUGCAAAGUUUUAUGCCAACUGAAGUGAUUGAAAAACAA